AUGACGUCCAAAGAGGAGUACGAUUUGCUGCAACAGACGCUACCACUACUGAUAUCACAGCCCAACAAUUUGGUCAAACAUGAAGUCAUAGCUAUCAUCAAAUGCAUUAACAAAUGUGAGAAAACGAUCCUUCAAUUCGCUGAACGCGAGAAGACAUUCUUCGCGCCAUUCGUGGCCCUCUCCGGUCACUGCAUUAUCUCCAAUGCGUCGCAAAUCCCGAAGAGUGUGUUGUCUGUGGCCUCGUCCGCCUGUACUGUCGUUCUGCAGCACAUUCUUCACGAGAUCUCCGAGUUUGACGACAAGUCUAUUCUAUCGAAACAUCAGCUCAUAGGCAUAAUUCAGGGCCUUUGCGAUGAUAUACCGCCACUCCUGAAGUCGGAUAUCUUGGCGCUGAGUUCGCUGCUGAAGUCGACGCCACUGCCCGACAGCUUGACGUAUAGGUCCACCGAUGCGACCGGUGGUGACGCCAAGUCCUUCGCGGCAGUCAUUCGCGAUGAGAGUACGCCUAAAGAGCCCAAACGCAUACGUCUGGACCACUCGUGCGAAGCCAUUAUCGAGCAGUUAAUGACACCCAUAAUGGAGUCGACGUCCAAAAGGGACAGUCAUAUUGAAAACGAUAAGAACAUCAUAUCUCCGGUUGGCUUCUCAUCCCUAUCACAGGACACGAAAGGUCUAUUGAUUGGCAAAAAUCUCUUCAAUUUGCAACAACUGUGCGGAACAAACGUGUUGUUGGACUUCAUAAUGUCUUUAUCGACAAUCAAGCCGUUCAUACAGUUAGUUCACGCGACAGAAGAAGGCGCGCCCUUAAAGCUGCCCACCUCUGGACCGGACACCCAUAUACUGCACACUUGCAAAAUGAUAAUCAAGGACUACGACAUCAUUUGGCGCAUACUAUCGCUGCCAAUACUGGAGCCGUUAACCGAAGAGCGUCUCUCGAAAGUGAUUACAAUAAUCCACGCGUGUCUCUACGUGUCGCUAACGCUCACCGCCUCCAACACACUGGCGUCCGGCGCCUCCUCGCCCGCCAUCAAAGGGGCGACGGCUGCGCCCCUCAAAGACGACGACAACGAGAAUGUCAUCUCAGAGAUUGUGGACACGAGUCUCGAGAUUUAUAAGAGAAUUAUGUUAGUCAUGAAGAGCUCGAUACGAGUGGGCGGACAGAUCUGUCAGAACGUCCACAUGUUUGCCUCGUGGCUACUGCUCUCCGGACUCAAGUUCAUAAUGAAGUCCAAUCCCACGACCACUGCAGCGCUUAGUAUUCCCGGUGCUAAGGAUCAGCCCAUCAAAAAGCAGGGCUAUAAUACGUUGUGUAUAUCACUGGCCGGACACGCCAUACAACUCCUCGGCUCACUGUUUGAUGACUUGAAAUCCGAGAUAAGUCUGGGAUCUUAUAACAGACUGUCGAACGCGGAGAAGCUGACGAGCCAUCACUCGUCCACUUCAUUCAAGUACAACAAAUUCGGUUACUAUAGCGCGUGGCAGAGGAUUGAGAUGCUUAUGUCGAACAUCAAUAUCACAAACCUCUUGUUCACCCUCUCGUCCGCCAGCUAUCGAAAGGCCGGUCUCCUGAAGACUGUGUCCCGAACGGCGAGUUUGGAGCAAAACGACAAAACAAACAGUCCCUCCGUUUCCGCGUCACACGAUUUAGACGACGAGUCGUGCUUUAGUUCGGACGACUCGAGUCGUGAUGAGGACUCGGAGCCUAUAUUAGGACAUCUCUUCAAAGAACACGAUGAGAGUCAGGCGUCGGAUAAGUCGAUGAAAAGUAGACAAACUCUUGAUAUGAAUUACUGUAACGAUAAGCGCGAACCGCACCGACACCUGACACUCUCGACAUCGAUAUUUGAGUUGUUGAACACAUACUUCGUUUGCUCUGAAAUCGAGUCUCUGCGGCACUAUUUCAAGCAAACCAUUAACGACUCGCAGAUUUGCAUUUUGGCGCAUAUUAUCAAAGACUUGGACCGCGAGAGUGUUCACAACUUCUCCUUCUAUUCGGAGUUCUCUCCGGCUUUGACUUCAUUUAUGCAUAAUUUGAUUGCCACUGAAGUUCUCAGCGAUUCUCUACAGAAUUCUAUGUUGUCUUCAUUGGGUGUCAAUCCAGACCCCUCUCCGGAAGGCGUUUGGCCCCUAUAUGUCGCCCCCAAAACACUAUCGGUUUUGUCACAAAUUAUUCUUUUAAAACAACAAAAAGAGAAAGAGGAUCUGAGGUUUGACACAAAUUCGCCAUCAAUACAGAUAUGGCGCGGAUUACUGAACCGAUUGAGACAAUUGAUAAUAACUGAUGAGGUGAAGGAUUAUGAGAUGGAAGACCUGAAUGUAGAGCACUCGCAGCUCCUGUUGUUUCUGUUUCAUAAUCUCAAACUACUUCAACGCAAACAAGUAUUACUUCUGGUCUCACAGACUAUAGUCGACGUGUCGGACACUGUGCUGCAGAUGAUGACAGACCAUCAGAUCCAUUGUUUGGGUCGAUUGACACACUUCUUCGAGUACAUGAUUAAGAACUUAUACGACGCGCCCUCUUCUCUCGUCGAACAGAUCGACACAAAUCUAUUCAAGUCUUCGGCGUCUCUGUCACUGAAACGAGACAAAGACAACAACAUUGACGACAAUAAACUGUAUUUCCAUUGCCGUGACAUCGAUGAUAAUUACCACAAGUUUACCGAAAAUAAAAUCUUUGCCACUUCUAUGAGACCGCGAUUUUACCAUCUGUUGAACGUUGAGGUCUAUAACGCGAAAGAUGUGCCAAAACUUGACGGAAUGGCAUUGAAUUUCCUUUUGGUUGGUCUGCAGGAGAUCCUGCCUUACGAUACACUCUAUGAUUCAUUGAUAACAUUACUAAACCUCGGCUCUCAAUAUGACUUCAAUUACCGUCAUUUAAAUGAAGCAAAACUCAGUAAUUUAGGUCUUUGUGCCAUUCAGUAUGCAUUCAACUCUGUUUGGCGUAUUCUUCUGCAACUGCCGCCGUCUGUCCAAAGUCUUCAUCUGUUAUCUGUUGGCGAUGUCCGACAGUUUGAUAACUCGAAAACACUUCACUAUUGUAUUUGGAUUUCACGUAUUGUUAACAAUAAGUGGUUUUAUAUUUGGAUCAAAGACUCGCUCACAAAACUCCUGCAGACCGACCCGAAUGUCAAACCGGAAGCGCUGCUGAAGAGUGUGACCAAAACGGCGAACUCGAUGUCAUUUAACGUGGAAUUACUGAAGCAAUUAAUGUUAAAACAGUUCUCGUUAUCGAAAUCAAACACCAGUUCCAACGAAAUCGUGACAUUGGAUGAAAUGCCUCUACUCUUAGAUAUGUUCACAUUAGACGUCUUGUGCGCCAAAACGAACGUAGCGCUCGACUCGUGCUAUAAUCUGAACGAGUCUUCGCCGUCGAUCAGCGCCACUCCGAUGGUCUUCGGCACAAGCAUUGAGUCGAAACAGGCGUCUGUGGAACUGUUGCCGUCUGUACUCAAUCUGAUAUCCAAUCACUUGUCGUGCGCUCGCUCUUCGAUUAUCCAUCAGAUGACUCACGAGGACGCCCUUCAGGGCAUCAAAACUAUUCCCAAACUAUUGAACGCUUAUAAUUCGAUACUGAAGAUGACUUCCAGUAAAUGUAACGCAAAGCUAAUCCAACUGACCCUUCAAUUGGCCACUUAUUUGCCGCGAAAUCUGAUGAAGAUUUUGGUCAAAUGGAAUGUCAUUCCCGUUGAUGUCCAGCACUGGCGUAAUGAACACAACUCGUCACCCAUACCAUCCGAGUCCUACAUAAUGGCCAUUCAAUCGCAACAUUUCAAUUCGUUGUCCUCAUCGAUGGCCACACCUUUCAAUUCAAACAAUAAUUUAAAACAUUUUAUAAACACUUUACUCAAAUUCGCGGAAGACUUAUAUCAAUGGAGUGAAAAUAAAUACUCCGAAGACUUCAUUCGAGUUAUGCUUUCGCUUCAAUUGGACAGCACUUGCGAGUCAUACGCCUCGUAUGGUAUGAACCAAUUGGACACAGUCUUCGGCUCCAAAGAGAGCGACAACUUUGUGUCCGCGCUAUACGUGGAAGCGUUGACCCAUUCGUACGAUUUGUUAAUAAAUUUCUCAAACAAAGAGUGUUGUGUCGAAGAGAAGAUUCUGAUUGAAUGCAUUAAAUUCAUGGAAUCACUGCUAGAUUCCAGUGCCGGACAGACGGCGCUCGAGAAGUUCUUCUGCGAAGACGAGGCCAAAGAUAUCGUUCAGCUGCUGAUGUCGGCCUCCAAUGAGAGUCUCAGCUCUGCCUAUUCUACGCGUGUUCUCAAGUUCUUCAGCAAACUGUUCCAAAACACUGAGAAAAAUCCGGAUACUAUUAGUUUGGUUCGUUUGUGCACUUCUCUGUCAAAGUUGUCGCGUCUGAGCCAACCCGACAACACUAUCCUCCAGACGUGGCUCUCGAAAGUGUUGUGCGAGAGACCCGACGGCGACCCAACCAUUCUGGUGGCCAAUCAGGAGAAUCGUAUUCUUUUGCAAAGUCUCACGUCAUAUAUAGUGAAGGACACGAGUGCUGUGGAUGAAGAGGUGGCCUCCGCUUUCCUGUCGGCGCUCAUCCCAAUGGGCAGUCAAAUACUGUCGUCCACUCCCGAAGUGUUGGGAUUUUCCGAGUUGAUGCAAAUCAUGACAACACUGGCCGGCGCUGGUGCCGGAACCGGACAUUUAGAGCUCAUCAAAGCAGUCAUUAAUUGGUUGGACACUUGUAAACGAUAUUUGUCUCAAAAAGAUGUGAUGGAAAAGUUGCAAAACAAUAUCAUUAUUGGAAGACACCAAAUGAUAAUGGAGUCGACGUGUUAUAUGUUGUCAUAUUUGGCCGACAUUUACGAUGCGCUGGAGAUGCUGAGCGAGACGGCAUCGGGACGUGCCUCCACUCCCGACGGGGACAAUGUGGGCGCCAUUGACGACGACUGGAUCGACGAGAUUCCCUGUCCUGACGACGACGAGUCAUUGGCCGAGGACUCCGAUGAGGAGUCGCUUUGCAAUAAAUUAUGCACUUUUACCACAACGCAGAAAGAGUUCAUGAAUCAGCACUGGUAUCACUGCCACACCUGCAAAAUGGUGGACGGCGUCGGUGUGUGCACUAUCUGUGCGAAAGUGUGCCAUAAAGACCACGACGUGACGUAUGCCAAACACGGCUCCUUCUUCUGCGACUGCGGCGCUAAAGAAGACAACUCUUGUCUCGCGCUCACCCGAAGGACGUCCAACAAUGAACCAAACAAUUACACCUCAAGAGAUGCGGGAUAUCCAUCGGAAUCAGUUUUGCCCUCUUCUUUGAGACGUCCCUCGUCUCCAUCGUUGGAAAAAAAUGCGAACCAAAGUUCCGACAAAAAGGAGUCAACUUCUCGUCAAAAACACGAAUCGCUAGUAAAACAGUUGGAAAACAGCAAAACCGAGAUUUUGUCGGUUCUGUCAAAUAUGAACCUCUCGUGGAUUGUGUUAAAUCUGUUGAAAUAUUUGAGUCCAACGAUGAUUAAGUCAUGCCUACGAAACUCAUCAAUCGGUAGUUCUAUAAGAGCCAGAGAGGCGCUCAAAGAACUCCAUUUCUGUGAUAAGUCGAUCGAAUCGAGCGAUCAGCUAAUGGUGCCGACACUGGGCUCACAGGAGGGCGCCUUCGAGAACGUGCGGAUGACGUUCACCGGAGAACAGGGCCAACAGAUUCGUCAACUCAUUCAACAGCAAGUGAUACGUCGAGUGGCGAUGUGUGCGUUGGCCUCACAUCACGGCAAACGCCAGCACUUGGCUGUGAGCCACGAAAAGGGCAAAAUAACAUUACUUCAAUUGGCGACACUUCUCAAACAGGCCGACUCCUCCAAGAAGAAGUUGACGCUCACACGACUGGCCUCCGCGCCCCUUCCGUUCACCGCCAUCUCAAUCGUCGGCAAUCCCUGCAAUGAAGACUAUUUGUCCGUCUGUGGGCUCAAAGACUGUCAUGUGUUGACGUUCUCCCAGUUGGGCGUCGUUAGCGGACACCUUGUGCUGCACCUACAGCUCGAGUCCGGCAAUUAUGUGAUUAAAUCGGUUUGGCUUCCGGGCAGUCAAACAGAGUUGGCUGUCGUGACGGCCGACUUCGUCAAGAUCUUCAAUUUGGGUCACGACGUACUGUCCCCUCAAUACUUCUUUCUGUUGCCGUCCGGGAAGAUACGCGACAUUACGUUCGUGUUGUCCGAAGACGGACAGCGACACGUGCUCAUCAUCUCCUCCGCCGGACAUAUCUAUUGUCAAGUGAUGUCUGAGGAGAGCAGCGCCCAAAACGGCCAGUUCUACGUCACCUCCAUUCUGGACAUCAGACACGACGAGAUUAUCGAUUCCAACGGCAAUAUCAACGGCGGCGGCAUUUCUAUCUACUAUUCGCAUACAUUUCAGUUGCUAUUCUUCAGCUACAGUCAGGGAAAGAACUAUUGCGCUCCUCUGCCAUCUGUCACCCAAGAGGUCACUAAUCUGUUUCCUAUCGAAAUCAUAUCCACGUCUAACGGAAGCGCGUCCUCUAAUGGCUCGUCGAGUAAGUCGUCGUCCUCUUCGAUGCAGUCGUUGUGUCAGUGGACUGAAGUGAGCGGACAUCCGGGCCUAAUACUGGCCACGUCUCUCAAUUCCAACAAUCCUAUCAUUUUGAUGGUUAAACCCAAUAGUAUUGUCAUACAAGAGAUCAAAUUGAACGGUAAAUCAAAGAUCACAGAUAUGGUAGCCAUGAGACACUCGACACAAAACGGAGACAUGAGAACCACUUUAAUACUUCUGUGCGAAGACGGCUCUCUACGCAUAUAUAUGGCCAGUCAGGAAGCGACCAACUAUUGGCUGAGACCUACUCUACAUUCUGUCAAAUCUCUGCCAUCCGUGGCCACCAAAGCCCGCCGAUCGAAGAAGUCGUCAAAAGUGUUGAGAAAUAAUUCAUCGACGGGUUGUUCGCCGCAAUUUGCGGUCGAUUUCUUCGAGCACUGCAACACUAUAACUGAUGUCGAGUUCGGCGGACAGGAUGUGCUUCAGAUCUAUAACACGCAUCAGGUUAAGAACCGUCUCAACAGCACCGGGAUGUACAUCGCGUCCACCAAACCCAACGGCUUCUCAAUUGAAAUCUACAAUAACGACGCGACAAACGUGAUGGUCGGCGUACGGGUGAUGCUCGCCUAUCAGGACGUGGCCCGAGCGCCCACUUCUAUCGACAUCUUCGGCCGAUCUAUUCCGGUGGCCGUCACUCGAAACCGAUGGUAUGACAUACCGUUCACUCGCGAGGAAUCGUUGACAGCGGACAAGAAGAUGACGAUAACAUUCACUGCGAGCGGCGAUCCCAACGGUAUAACAAUUGUCGACUCAAUCAAAGUUUACGGAAAAACCAAAGAGGCGUUUGUUUGGCCCGAAGACAACGAGGAGUACCAGCAAAUGGGAGCGGCGGCCGCGUCAGCCUCACAGCCCACCACUUCUAUAUCUGUGGUUGAGUUUGAUUCGCAACAAUCGGCGCAACACUUGUCAUCGUUGGACCGAUUGCUCACCUGUUCGCUGGAUGUGCUCGACGGCUGCUUUCAUUUGUCGACCAUUCCCUCAGAUCCUAAGGACAGACAAAUGCAAAGAGAAAAUGCUUUAGAGAUCGCCACACAGUUCCUGACGCUUCCCUAUAAUGAUUGCGUCGAAUCUAAUGUCAAAUCUCUUUUGGCGACUCUUCACUCGAGUCGGGCCGCCUUUAACAGCCAUAGAGACCAAGCGAUUGUCAAUUAUGUCAUCAAAAGUAUUGAUAAUUCCGUGAAAAACGAUGAGCUCGACGGCGAAUCGUUCUUCAGAUGGAUUUCGAUGAUUAAACAAAUAGCAGUCGAAAGGCCGCAGAAUUUGAUUAAAUACAACGAAUCGCUGACUAUUGAUGAUAACAGCGAAGCUGUCGGCGGCAACAGUAUUGAGAUGACAACAUUUGGUCACGAAAAUCAGUUCAGAUCGUCGUCAUCGAUGGAUACCUCGCGCUCAGACUAUUCAGACAAUUACGAAGACAUGGCCAACAGAGCCGAUGCGAUGUCAUCGAGAAUAUCGUUCUGUCAAUACAUAAGUGAUGUGUUUUGGAAACUGUAUUCAAUGCGUCCGAAGAAUGCUCUCAUAUCAACCAUAGCUAAGGGAGGUUUGAUACACAUCGAGGAGACGGUGCAGGCGUUGGUUGAGAUAAUUCACUCAUUCGCUUUGGCCGACUCCGAGAACAACAUUCAAAUGGUUUGUAAACUGUAUUUAAAGUUACUUCUCAGCGAAGAGACGACAAUUAGCUUUUGCGCCAAACAAUCGCUUAUACGAGUGCUUCGGCCGCGAACCCGAAAACGUCGCGUUUAUAUCCCAUCCCCACCCCAUUGCGAGACACCUCACGAGCACCAUAAGGGCGGCUCGUCAUCGUCGCAGUCCGACCGCCCGUUGGGUCCCAUCUCAGCGCAGGGCAGUCUCGAGGUGUUUGUUCACGACAACCCCAUUGAACGCAAUGAACCGGUCGACCAACACUUUGAAGUGAUUGAAGCAUUGGAUGUGCCCAACGAUAACGAUAAUCCACAGGAAUUACUGAUUGGCGCCAACGCAGGCUUUCCCCAUAUGUUCAAUCCUGAUGUCGAUCCGGACGACGACGCGAUGGUAGAGCUGGCCAUCGCACUCAGCCUUCAGGACCAGCAACAAGACGUUCCGCCACCGGUCGCACCCAAUGUUGCCGUUCGCAGGUCUGGAACGCAACGGUCGGCCAGUUUGGAAGAUCGCGGACACUAUUCAGACACGACGGCAUCGGCGGCCGCCAGUGAUGACGAGGGAUCCACUGCUGCCACCGAUGGCUCGACUCUGAGGACAUCGCCCGCCAAUGAAAUACUUCAAGGAAACGAAGCGGGAAGUGAGUCCGGAGGAAGUGUUGUCGAGUCUAUUAUAGGCGAACAGAACGUAAGCGGCCGUAGUUCUGCUUACGGCGAAGAGUUAGGUCCACCGCCCGUCAGAGUGCAGCCUAUGAUCAGCUUCGAGUCCACUCUCGAGCCCGACAUCACUAAUAACCAAAGACUACAUAACUUGAGAAUCGCUUUACUCGAGAGAAUGAUUGUCUCUUUGCCUGAAAUACGUGACGUCGGAGGCCUGCGAUCCAUACCAUUCAUGCAGGUGAUAUUAAUGCUUACAUCAGAUCUGGACGGUGAAGGCGAUGCGGACAAAACCGUUCUCAACUCAUUGCUGACCACACUUUUGGCACAAUUAUCACAGAAUUCUGAUGACAUUUCUGUUAUGAUUCAACGAAAUCCGACAAACGAAGUGAAGCUCAUUAUAAUGCGUUUGCUAAGUAUUCUGAUGUCUCGCGUGCGCUCCGGGAGCUCAUCCAAAGUGCCCUCUUCUGCGUCAGACCUGUUGGAGACGUCUUCGGCCUUCUGCUCGACAGUUACGGCGACGACACUAAUGCAGUCAAAUAUCCUCGACUUUUGUCUUCAAAUUCUUAUUCAAUUGCUUUCCUAUUGGAAAACUUACUCAAGCGAUGAUUCCGGAGCAUCGGUUCCAGUGGGCACCACAAGCACUACACCACUGAAGUCACACCUAUUGACACCACCGCCAGAGAUGUCUCCGUUCUUUUUGCGCCAAUACGUGAGAGGACACGCCGACGAUGUCUUCGAGUCGUAUCCACAACUCGUGACAGAAAUGAUACUUCGAAUGCCGUAUCAAAUCAAGAAGAUUGCCAACGCUUUGCCCAACAGCCCGACCACCGCACAGUUCGCCCCGUGUUGGACGGACUACCUGUGCCAGUAUAUGAUGAUUAAUCUGACGCCGUAUAUCCGGAAACAAGUGCGCAAACUAUUGUCAUACAUCUGUGGCUCGAAGGAAAGGUAUCGACAAAUUCGUGAUUUACACGCUUUGGAGUCACAUAUGGGAGAAAUCAAGAAAUUGUGCCGAAAUGGAGGCUUCGUUGAGCACUCGCAUCAAAACGGAUUGAUUAACCUCUCGUACGACGCGCUCAUAUCACUGAUAGAGCACCUGAAGGCGUGCUCAGAGAUCGCCACAAACCGUACCAUCAAUUGGCAAAAGCUAUGCCAAAAGGACUCGACUUUAUUACCGUUUCUCAUUCAAGUGAGCUUUCUAUUGGACGAAGGGGUCUCCUCUAUUGUCCUACACUUACUUCAGUGCGCUCUCUGUGCCAAGUCGUCCACCUCGUCCUCGGCCACAAGCAGUAGUCGUCCCGAUGAUGACAUAGAUGAGCCCAUAAGCACUCAUUUAGUGCAGCAAAUGCUCAAAUAUGUGGACAACAAUCUAUUGUCUCAAUUCAUUCAAUGCUUUCUACUGGAAUCCAACUCCAGUUCCCACCGAUGGGCCGCACACUCUCUCAUCUAUAAUAUGUACAAAAGCUUCUCCGCUCACCAACAGGAGACCCUUUUGGACAUUCUAUGGGCCCUAUGGCCUAAACUGCCCUCAUAUGGCAAAAAGGCCGCACAGUUUGUCGACCUUUUGGGUUACUUUACGCUCAAAAUUAAUUAUACCGACGAAAAAGAGCGCGAGUUCUCCGAGAAAGCGCUGACUGUUUUGCGACAACAAAACCAACACCUAUUCCGUCACCCAAACAGUAAUCUCUAUAAUUCUCUGCAAUCAUUGGUCGAGUUUGACGGCUAUUAUCUGGAGAGCGAGCCGUGUCUGGUCUGCAAUAAUCCUGAAGUGAAUUAUCUGAAUAUGAAAUUGUCGUCAAUCAAAGUGGACUCGAGAUUCACUACAACCACACAUAUCGUGAAACUUAUCGGUUCGCACACCAUAUCCAAGAUUACGCUCAGAAUUUCGGACAUCAAACGAUCCAAAAUGGUUAAGACUCUAAACAUCUUUUACAACAACCGAGCCGUGCAUUCAGUGGUGGAGCUUAAGAACAAGACAGCCCUUUGGCAUCGCGCUAGACGUUAUCAGUUGUCGGCCGGACAGACGGAGUUGAAGAUUGAGUUUCCGUUGCCGAUAGUGGCCUGUAAUCUAAUGAUCGAAUACUCGGAGUUUUAUGAGAACAUCCAGGCGUCGAGCGAAACACUUCAGUGCCCGCGAUGUUCGGCUACUGUUCCCGCAAAUCCCGGCGUCUGUACUAAUUGUGGCGAAAAUGUGUUUCAGUGUCACAAAUGCCGAGCUAUUAAUUACGAUGAGAAGGAUCCCUUCCUCUGCAAUUCGUGCGGAUUCUGCAAAUACGCAAAGUUUGACUACACUCUGACCGCCAAACCUACCUGUGCUGUGGACCCCAUUGAGAACGAAGAGGACCGUAAAAAGACGGUUCAGAGCAUUAACUCGUUGUUAGAAAAGGCCGAUCGGGUCUACAAGAGCUUAAUCGCAAACAAGCCGUCGUUAGAGCUGCUGCUGUUGCGCAUCCAAGAGCACGGAAUGAUGGAUAAGUACGACACCGACGCUAUGCUUAUGUUGGCGCCAAAUGCCGGUGCUGGACCCGCCGGCGCCUCUAGCCUUCAUGUGAAUCGAUCCAUACAACAGGUGGCCCUCAAGUACUGUCAGGACUGCAAGUCCUCGUUCGACGAGUUGUCGAAAAUCAUUCAAAAAGUGUUGGCCUCUCGUAAAGAGUUAGUCGAUUACGACAACAAACAGAAGGACAAGACGGCGACGCCCUCUAACGUUACGCCAAGACUCGCGUCCAGACGCGACUCCAAAGUGUUGACCACAUCGAUGGCCUCGUCAUCGGGCCGUUGCUUCGGGUGCGCGUCGGCCACAGUCGAGCACUGCAUCACUCUCUUGAAGGCACUGGCUAUCGCUCCCAAAUACCGGUCACUCCUGUGCUCAUACGGACUGCUCCGGGAAUUAGUUGAUUACAACCUCAGAAUCGGUUCAAUGAAUGUUCGCCACGAAGUGCGGCAACUGUUGUGUUCAUUGAGUCGCGACAACUAUAGGGCGACGGCAGACCUAAACAAUCUGCUUAUGGAUAAGAUAUCCGUGGCGUUGAAGUCGAGAUCCGGCGCCUCCAUUGACUUGUCCUCAUCGGUGAGACAUGAGAUCGCAUUACUCGCCUGUUCUAUGGAAAAGGAGGACUCGUGUUGGGAACUCCGACUCAGGUGUGUUAUGCAAUUAUUCCUAAUGGGUCUGCAAAUCGAUUCGCCGGCAGUACUCGACUCCAUAACACUUCCAUGUCUUCGGUUACUUCAAUCGCUUAUAAAACCCGAGCCGACGAUCAGUAAGAAAAACAAAGACAAAACAAUUGAACAGUUGGCUACUGUCAAGACCAACGGGUUUCAAGUGAAUGUCGAUUUGAAUAAAUGGUUGGCCGGAGAUCAGAGGCAUUCGUUCAGAAGUUGGAAACAGAGGUCCGCGAAGAGGUCGCCGACGCCUCAGCUCUCCAAUGAUAUUCCAAACGAACCGAAAUCUCGAACUGAGAUCCGAAUGCAGUAUUUGUCCGAAAAGUAUGGAAUGCGUUGGAAAGAGAAGGCGCUGAAGAGUGACAAACUGGUGGCCGGUCUGGUGAGGGCGAGUUGGCUUCGGGCCAUACUAUUCAACGGUGCGUCGCGUUCGGUGCGACUGAUGGCCUGUUCCCUAAUCGAGGCUCUCUUCCAAAUUCCUUCGCGCAAACGAGAGAUAAUUGAUUUGUUGACCUCAUAUCUGGAUGACUUGGGUCGGGCCGGAGAGUUCGCCAACGAGUUCUUCACUUUCUAUCACACAAUCAUCCAAACAGAGCACUGGAAGUACUACUUAGCUCUUCACGGACUGCUCCAGCAUUUGGGUCUUCUCAUCACCAAAGAGAUCGAUAAUCUGAACCAAUUGGAAGAGAUGACACUCAACUCAGACCUCUCGCAGGGCUGUGCUCUGAAAAUGUUGGUCGAGUUAUUGCAGUCACUGAUAGACGUGUCCACUAUUCGGCGUCAAUACAAGUCACGAAUGGUUGCCUUCGUUCUGAACGGAUACUUAGCGCUGAGAAAACUUGUCGUUCAGAGGACUAAAGUGAUCGAUGAAACACAGGAAUCACUGUUGGAAUUGCUCGAAGAGAUGACAUCUGGAACCGAGUCGGAAACGGCUGCCUUUAUGUCUGUCUGUGUGGAUGCGGUCAACAAAUGCCAAUUGCAUGACAUGAUUACUCCGGUGUUUAUAUUCGAAAGGCUUUGCUCUAUAAUAUAUCCCGAAGAGAACGACUCCAUCGAGUUCUUCAUCACUCUGGAGAAGGAUCCCCAACAGGACGACUUCCUACAGGGCCGAAUGUUAGGAAACCCUUACAGUUCUAACGACACGGGAAUGGGUCCACUAAUGCGAGACAUCAAGAAUAAGAUCUGUCAGGACUGCGAGUUAGUGGCGCUCCUCGAAGACGACUCCGGACUCGAGCUUUUGGUCAAUAAUAAGAUCAUUAGUUUGGAUCUCUCUGUCAAAGAGGUUUACCGUAAGAUCUGGCAAAACGACAAUAAUAUCGAUUCAGACGCCAUGAAAAUUGUUUACCGAAUUCGCGGCCUUAUGGGCGACGCGACCGAAGAAUUCAUCGAAACGCUCGACACUAAAGAUAAUAAAGAAGUGAAUGACGAGGAACUGUACAAAAUGGCGAACAUUAUGUCGCAGUGCGAUGGCCUCCAAGUGAUGCUCCAGAGGCUCAAAGUGAUCGAAGAUCUCUCGCCUCGAAGUCGUCUAUUAAUGCAGGUUUUGCUCAAAUUGUUCGGUCACUGCAUUCGUGUUAAGAACAAUCGACAGGCGCUGAUCGACCCCUCGCUCAACACCAUUGGAGUUAUGCUGAAUCUGUUGAAACUGAUCAUAACAUCCGACGCGACAGAACUCAUAUCACAGCCCUCGGCGCCGGGAUUUCCCUCCUCUUUGGAACAGUUGAUGCAUAUCAUGGAAACCAUUUUAGUGGAGGCCUCGCAACUCAGUGCACAGGAGUUUGAUCUGUUCUGCGAGACCACGUGUGGCACCAGUGAUAACAUCAAACUGUUGGCCGAAUCCGCGUCCUCUCCUCACAUCAGAGGCAAUGUCUCCAUAACGACACAAUUGACUCGUUUAAUACCGUUCCUAACGCUGGGAAAUGCCGAUAAGAUGUCCACCCUAUUGGCGCACUUCAAGCCUUACCUGAUAUUCGAGAAAUUCGAUUUCGAACACACGGUGGACACCGACCACCAGUUGGAACUGUUUUGUAUGAUGUCUUCGGGCAUCGAACGCAACGCAAACGGCGCUCGACUUAAGGAAGUGAUAAUAGAGGACGGAAUCGUUGCCUCCGCUCUCGAAUACCUCGUACUCCACGCGCCGACUAUGAAGUCAUCGCUUUUGGCCACUUCGGAAGAAUGGAAAGAAUUCACGUCAAGACCUGCUCUCAAAUACGUUCUCCGAAUAUUGACCGGGUUAAGUCACGGCCACGAAAACACACAACUCUUGGUGUCCAAAGACAGUAUACCGAUAAUCCACGGCUUAGAACAGGUGUCGUCCGACGCACACGUGGGCUCAUUGGCCGAGAAUCUGAUGGAAGCCAUCAAAGAGCACCCGUCCGUCGAAGCGAAGAUAGAAGAGGUUCGCCUCAAGACUAGGGAUGAGAAGAAACGGUUGGCGAUGGCUGUCCGGGAGAGACAAUUGGGUGCACUGGGGAUGCGGACCAAUGACAAGGGACAGGUGACCGCUAAGGCGUCGCUUCUGAAACAAGUGGAGGAUUUGGGCGAAGAGAGUGGACUCAUAUGUAGUAUAUGUCGCGAGGGAUACAAAUUCCAAGCAAACAAAGUGCUCGGAAUCUAUACAUACACUAAACGAUGCAAUUUAGAGGACUUUGAGCUCAAACAGCGAAAGACUUUGGGAUACACAACUGUCACGCAUUUCAAUGUGGUUCACGUGGACUGCCAUAUGGCGGCCGUACGUCACGCCAGAGGUCGUGAUGAGUGGGAGUCAGCGGCCCUUCAGAAUGCCAACACCCGGUGCAACGGCUUAUUGCCACUGUGGGGCCCACAGGUCCAGGAGUCGGCGUUUGCCUCAGCACUGGCCCGACAUAACAACUAUUUGCAGGAAUGCACGGGUCAUCGGGAAGUGUCGUCCACUUCAUACCUGUCCACUAUACACGACCUAAAGCUCUUAAUCCAAAGAUUUGCUUCUGAAAAGUCGUUUAGCGACGACUCGGGCGGAGGCGGACCCCAGUCUAACCUACAUAUGAUUCCGUAUAUGAUUCAUAUGGCGCUGUAUGUGAUCAAUACGACCCGAUCUGCUGUGAGAGAGGCCAAGAAGAUCAACAGUUUUCUCGAAAUGCAAACCAAUAAAUGGAUAGAAAAUUGUUAUGAAGCUGAGAGUCCGUAUUAUUGGUGUACAAUGUCUUUAGUGAUAUUUGCGCCCAAAGUUUGGCACAAGAAUCGCCUGAAAUUUCUGCAAAGACUGUUACUGUGCGCUCACACCCGACACCUGUCACCCCACGGAACCAAUACACUGACCGAUCCUUCUGUGCAGGACUUCAGUGCUUACAAAACAGCGCUUAUAUUCUUUGCGUUCAUUAACUCUAUGUAUAACACGAUGUUUAAGAAUGUGAAGGGCGGCGAUGAGUGGGGUCUGGACUGGCCGUUAGCACUGGCAGAGUAUAUACGAAACAAUGAUCAGUCGCUCCUGGAGUGCGGACACAAAUUGUUGCAUUUCUAUGACGAGGACCUCAUUCCCUGCCAAUCGUUUGCCGAGUUCUGUGACGUGUCUGACCUUCUCAGCGAUAUUCCCGAUGCGAACGGCUUUCUGGAGAAUGCGCUCAAAAUUGCCCCCGAGACACCACCCAAACCCAGUCCUGAACCCAACACCGACACCGACUCCAAAUCGGAACCGUUUUUCUUCACCGAAACCUCUGGCGAACCAAACUUUGUCUUAAAAAUGGGAAAUAAAAGCAAUAAAGUGUCCGAAGAAGGCGAUCGCAAUAAAGAGGAUAAGAGUCUGUACUUAUCCAGUGAUAAAGUGCUGGAUAUUAUCGGAUAUUUUAACUAUUCCUCAAUUAUUUCUCACGGAAUGGACGACUAUUUACACGGCAUAGUUCGGGGCAAAUUAGAGCGAAAGUCGACCCUAUCUUACGACUCGGUGCUCACCUAUUUUUCGUGGAUAUUCUUCAUACGGAAUAUUACUCUUGCAUUCAUUGAAGACCUCGAGAUAAGGACUCUGUUGGGCGAGAAGGAGAGGCUGAGGCCGGAGCGCCAGUUGAUAAUGGUUUGCACCAUUUGGUCCAUAUAUAUCGCUUUAGUGCUCAUCGUCUACGAGAACGCCACCAAAUGGAAGGCCUUCUCCUGGUUGGCGCCCUUUCAAGUGCUCAGAGGCCAAUCGAUCACAAAGAUGUUUGGACUGAACACCAAACUGGCGGAGCAGUGGCACCACUACACGAUCGACAAGUGGCGCAAAUACAUGCUAGUGAUGGUCGUGCGGUCGGCCCUCACCAUCGGCUUCGUGGUGUGGGUCUGCACCGUGCGCUGGAAGACCAGCACUCAGUUGUUUAACAUAAUGCAAGUGUUUUGGUCGAGUCUGACGGUGCUCUGGAUGUUCUUGAGCUCCAAUCUCAUGUAUGUCGGUUACGUCUACUUCAACUCCCUGUGCUAUUACUUCAGAAUACGCUACGCCAAGGUGAAUGAGGACAUCGAGACCAUCAUUGCCGGAUCGGGUCGUAUGAAGUCCAACGAGCGGACAGACCUUCUCCACCACGUUCUGGUCGAACACAACGAGUUGUGUCUCAAGAUAUUUGAAUACAACCGGUUUUGGGCGAAAUGGCUGAUGAGUACGUACUUCUUCUUAGUGGCCGAGAUGUGCUUCACUCUAUUCCAGGCCCUCUUCACCACAAACCCCGUCUUAGUCCGGAUCCUCAUGUUUGCGAUCGCCUGUGAAUGCGCUUACUUUCUCACCACUCUCUCUGUCAGUGCAUCCCUACUGUCCAAUACGGCACACGCGCCCUACCAGAGACUAAUUCGAGUGACAUUCGAUAAAUACCCUGUUGAGUUGCAGAUUCAGUUGCGAAUGUUUAUCCAGCGCCUAUCGGGCCCUACAAUUGGUUUCUAUUGUUUGGACUUAUUUGAGAUCACAUACACCACAUACGCCAGUAUUGUGGCGGCUUUGGGACAGAACUUCCUGCUGAUCGUGGACUUCGUGCGCUCGUAUGCCGAAGUUGGCCGCGAAGACGACAACAUACAGUACGCUCUCUCGCAGCUCACGGACGUGGUCUUCAACACAACCCUAUCGGCCAUAAGUUUGGUUGGAUUCACGGAAAGUACUCACCCAUCAGAUCACCACAACUACACCUUAUAACACAUUUGCCAUCAUUUCCC